UAUAGAGAGGUUUAUAUGAGAAGGCAUAGAAGAAGAAAAAAUUAGAGUUUUUAUAAUAAGAGAAGAAGGACCAAAAACAAAAGUUCCUUAGAGCUCACGUAUCUAUCCAUCUCCCCCAAAGACCAGUAUUUAUGGCCUUCUUCUGUUUAUUUCUCUGCUCUUUUUUCAAUCUUUAACAUCAUUUCCAUGGCUUUUCUUUCUAACUUUCUCAUUUUUUUCAUUAACUUUUCUUCCUGAUUCUGAAAGACCAAAGAUACCCUUUUUAAGACUUUAUUAGUUCUUGAAUCUUGAUAUAUUAUUCUUUCUUGUUGUUUUUUUAACUGUUUGGCAAGGACCUUUUUAGUCUGAUUAUUAAAAAGAAAUUAUAAAUUUUACAAAAGGGUGUUUAGGGGUUUAGUUUUUUGAUGAUGGAGAAUUUUUCUGGAACUGUUAAGAUUGAUGAUCAACAGCAGCAGCAGAUGGAACUUCCUCCUGGAUUUCGCUUUCAUCCUACUGAUGAAGAGCUAAUUACCCAUUAUUUGUCUAAGAAAGUUGUCGAUACGAAUUUCUCUGCUAUUGCUAUUGGAGAUGUUGACAUGAACAAGGUUGAACCUUGGGAGCUUCCAUGGAAGGCAAAAAUUGGGGAAAAAGAAUGGUACUUUUUUUGUGUGAGAGACAAGAAGUAUCCAACUGGUCUAAGGACAAACAGGGCAACUGCUGCAGGUUAUUGGAAAGCUACAGGAAAAGACAAGGAGAUUUUCAGAGGAAGAUCUCUUGUUGGCAUGAAGAAAACUUUGGUUUUUUACAAAGGGAGAGCUCCAAGAGGUGAAAAAACAAAUUGGGUAACUCAUGAAUACAGAUUAGAAGGUAGAUUAUCACUUCACAAUCUUCCUAAAACAGUAAAGAAUGAUUGGGUGAUUUGCAGAGUAUUUCAAAAGACAACUGGUGGGAAGAAAAUUCACAUUUCAGGGCUUGUGAGAGGGAAUUCUGAUGAAGAUGAAAUAGGCAAUUCUCAUUCCCUUUUGCCAACAUUGACAGAUUCAUCGCCGAGUCACGUGCACUGCUUCUCCAAUUUUGUUACUGCUCAAAAGAAUCAAGACAACAUGAUCAAUUCGUUCAACACUUCUCCUAAUUUCCCUGUUCUCUCGAAUUCCAUCGACAUUUUCCAAAGAAAUUCUCUUCCAAAUACAUUCACCUGGAACCAAACUGUCCCUCUUCAACACAAUUUUCCUCAGCCAAGUUCAUUUCCUACACAAGAUCCUGCAACUCUUAGGAAUUUGCUUGAGAAUUAUGGACAGAACAUUCAGCAUCAGAGUUUCAAAAAGGAGACAGACAUAAUCAGUGUAUCCCAAGAAACAGGUAUAAGCACUGAUAUGAACACUGAAAUUACAUCAGCUCAACAGGAUCUUGAUUGCUUCUGGACUUACUGAAAUUCUUGGCAGAAAAAUAAGCACAAAACACAGAGCUUCAGUAGUAGUAGCUAUUAUGUUGUGGAAUUAAUUAUAUGUAUAUAUUUACUAAUCCCCUAAGUUGCAUUCAACAGAGUAACCAUAUUAUGUCCCAAAAACUAUACUCCUACCACAAUUUUAUUUUUUGUUUGUUUGUCAUUUUACACUUCCCAGUUGUCUCACCGCCGCGAUUAGUUAUUGUGAUAUUGAAUUUGUAAAAAAAAAAAAUUACUAGUACUUUUAACACUGUUAGCCUUUGAUUGUGUAAGAUCAGGUUGGUUGGCUUACUAAUCUUUUAUUGUGUUUUUUUUCCCUUAGAAAUUACUUUCUGUGUUUAUGGAUUUUAGGCUUUUCAUUGAA